CUGCAGAAAUAAGCAAAAAAAAAAUUACCUGGAUCUUGAUUUUGUUUAUGAUUUUCUAUUCAUCAAGAAAUCUAAAUUGAGACUAGAUUUCUAGAUCUAUUUGUUAUUGUCUAUUUUUUCCCCACACAAUGCUCAUUAUGGUUAUCAAGCUAUUUUGAGACCAAUGUCGACAUCUCAGAUUUUUCCAGUAUUGAAUACACCUUGGGAGAUGUUAUUAAUUAAAAUAAUCAUUUUCAAGUUUUUGAAACAACCAUAAACUGAAUGAUUUCUACUGCUGAAUACUCAAUCUUUUAUGGUAUAGAAUAUGAUAAGUUAGUUGGUUAGAAAACAAUGGACAAAAUAAAGAAUCUAAUUAGCCCUCGAACGCGAAGAAAAAAACUGGAGUAUGCUGCUGGUGAUACAGGAGUCAGUAUUGUGCAAGCCCCUCGAAUCUUUGGAGUGUCUCUUGAAGACCUCAUGGAGAAUGCACCGGAAGAUGCCAAAGUGCCACCGGUGGUUAGCAGAAUUUGCGAGUUUAUUUACAAAUACGGUCUGGACAAUGUGGGCUUGUUCCGAGUCAGUGGAAGUGUAAAAGUUGUGGAGAAGAUGCGCAUGCAGUUUGAAGAAUCAGGCGACGUAGAUUUGGAACAAAUGAAUGAUGUGCCUGCUACUGCUGGUCUGCUGAAAGUUUUUCUCAGAGACUUGCCUGAUACACUAGUUCCUGAACGGCUGACACGCACAUUUUUUUCUCUUAUCCAAGAUACACAAAUUAGUAAGGAGCAGCUUUUGAGUGAUUUGAAGAAAGUGCUUGCAUUGAUGCCAUCAGAAAAUUACAACUUACUCAAGUAUAUCACAUCACUGCUGGUUAUGGUAGCUAAAAAUGAAUUUGACAACAAAAUGUCCGCUUACUCAUUGGCUAUUUUAUUUGGACCCAAUGUUUUCAAGUAUGAGCUGACAUCAGGAAUAGAUGGGCUUAGAGAUAUGGAUUCAAGCAAGGACAUCAUGCAACUUUUUAUCUCAGAGUUUGAUAAAUUGUUUGUUGAGAAUGGUCAACCUAGCCCAAAGGAUUUCUGGGAGAAACUAAAUAAAAAAAAGGUGCCGCCUCCAAGACCACCCCCACCUAAAGUCCAGUCACUGCCAAUAUUCUCUUCACCGUCAGCAGAAAGUAUUACUUCGAUGACUUCCUCAAUUUCAUCUACAACUUUGGACUACAGGCCUAUUCCUUCACCGAGAAAGAUGAAAAAUUUGUAUGACAGCAGUUCUGGUUCUGACAUGGAAGGCCAAACUCCUCCAAAAUUUUCACUGCAUGGCUCAGUUCCUUUGUUUAGUCCACGAGAUUUUGAAUAUACUAGGGCUCAUUCACCUUUCACUCUUGAGAAUGACACUCACAGCAUUAUUGAGUCCCCUAUGAUUACAGCUAGAACCAACGAAUUUGUUGAAAAGACCAUAGUUGAGACUAUAUCUGAGCACAUAUUUGGAAGGAUUGACUUCAAUCAGAACUCUGGAGUGCAGUCUCCUAGAAGCAACUCGAAUUUUUUUGACGACAUUGAAUUAAUAGAAAGCUCUGUUGAUCCUCAUUUAGAUGCACCAGAUACGAUUAAACGUAAAAAACAUCAAAUAUCAAUUAGAAAUUCAGAAAUGGAUGAAACAUCUGAGGAAAAUAAUGUGCAAGAUUUUGAUGACGUUGAAAGGAACAAUAUUUUAACUGGGCAUAAGAAGCCUCAGGGUCCACCACGGCGCACGCCCAGUCGCAAACAUAGAAGAAGCUGGGAAGCUGACACUAGCAAUGAAACCCUUAGCACCUCUCAUCCAAGUUCCAACACUAGUGAGGUCACUCAAACACAAGACCUGAAUCAUUCUCUUAACCACUCGCAGGCCGAUAGGGACAAGGAGAAUGAAGGGAAAAAACAAGAGGGUAGAUUGGACAGAGGAGAUGGGAGCCCUACAAUUAAAACCAAAAAUAUGCGCAGGAGUGACAACAAGGCAUUGUUACCCCAGUCACUGAGUUUACAGAAUACUCAAGAGUCUUCCACAAACCAGACUUCCCCUGUAUCAAAUGGUGUGAUGGACCAUUCACCAAGUAAUGGAAUUAAACUAUUUAUACCACCAUUAGAUCUCUCAACCCUGCAUGAACAUAUCGAUGGAAUAGAACCUAUACCUAUAUCCAAGAAAGAAUGUUCUGACACUCAAAUCUGGAUCAAAACAAAUCACCUGAUGGUUUCAGAAGACCAUGUUGCAGUAAUAUCACCUAGGUCAAAUAAAUUGAAGAAACAGCAUGACUGGUGUGAACCAGAUUCAACAGCACCUGUUGUCUAUGAGGCACCAAUGUCACCUAGUGCAUACUGUAGCAGUGGUCUGUUCAGAGCAUCAUUAAAUACUGAUAUCCCUCCUUCACCACCUGUGCAGCAAGAUUUAUACAAGAAAUACAGUGAUGAUGAUGGUACUUAUCGCCACCGACAAAUUACAAAGAAAAUCCAAGGUUUGAAAAAGAAAAUAAAAACAUUUGAGGAAAGCUUUGAAAAGGAGCAUGGCUACAAGCCAACACAUGGAGAGAAAGCAACCCAGCCUGAUAUUAAGAAGUACAUGAAUGAGUUAUCAAAAGCUAGAAAAGACCUUAAGCGUUUAAAAGAGGAGACUGAAAAAGGUAACAGAUCUCGUCACAACAGUGGCGCGUCAUCAUCUGGGGUGGAACAAUCUCCACCAGUUGUUCCCACUGUGUUUACAACACUGGAGUACAUCCUUCAAUGUUUGUCUGACAAAAGACAGGAAUGUGGAAGACCUGAAGAAGUUACACAAAUGACUAGGGAUCAAGUUCAAGAAGAAAAACUAGCUGUACAAAGAGCUCUACUUCAUUUUGAAAGCUUACAUGGAAGACCAACGAGCAAGGAAGAUCGAGACAUCAUGAGACCAUUGUAUGACAGAUAUAGAUCUGUCAAAAGGAUGCUGGCUAAACCCAUGUCUCCUCGAAAUUCCCUUGAACUUCAAACAGUUCCUGAAGAUCAGAUGAUGGAAAUACCUCGUUCUUUCGUUCGGAACCCAAUACAUGUUCAUGUGCCUACUGCAGACAGUGAAGAGGACAGCAACAAUCAUCAAGAAUCUGGUACCGUGGAUUUUGGCCUUGUGUCCCGAGACUUUAAUGUCAUGAGAGAUUUAGAUCUCCCUGCAUCUUAUAGUAAAGGCACUGAUAAAGGUCUACAACAAGCUGGAGGAGGGGGGAAUGAAGUGAAGGAGGAUUAUGGUGGAGGAGAUGCACAUCUUCAUGAGCUAUCUCUGACAGAGUUGCAUGCUGAAAUAGAAUCAUCCAGAAAAAUGAAAAAACAUCUGAGGAGAUUGCUUAGAGAAUUUGAAGAAAGUUUUCUCCAGAAGAAUGGAAGGAAGGUUCUUAAGGAAGACAGACAUCCUUUGCAAACAGAAUAUAAAGAUUACAAGAAAGUAAAAGCAAGACUGCGAUUGCUGGAAGCUUUGGUACUUAAACAUCAUGAAUCACUCAAUUCUCCCCUCAGAAGUUAAAAGUUGUUUUUAAUUGUGAACAUCUAAAUAGAAGAUUUUGUUGGGAAAACAGACGGCAGUUAAAUAAAAAAUAUAUUUUUGUUAAAACAAAUGUUAAGAAAAAUUUUAAAAACAUUUUUUAAAUUUAUUUUAAGAGGAUGUAUAGCAUUCAACAUUUUAAAUAAAAGUAUUGUAUGCAAUUGUUUUAAAGAUGGCUUUCUUUUUUCUAUUUUUCUCUUUUUUAAAGUGAAUUUAGAAACUUUUUUAUUUCAUAUAAAAAAUCUUAGCAUGUAUUUAAAGAUGCAUUUGGAAUUUUUUAUUUUAAAGUGUACAUUGUGACUAGUGUAUGUUAUUGUGGUAUCAGUUCUAAAAAAGAAAUUGGCAAAAUGCAAAAUUUUUAUAUUCCUUUGCAAAAUUUAAGUCAGUUAUUGUUUGGAAAGUUUAUCUUUCAUUCUUUUUAACUUCUUAAGUCUGCAUGUUAAAUCCCUGAUAUUUAUAAUCAGUGAACUAAUCAAUUUCACUCUUAUAGUUAACCAUUUCACAACUUGCCUACCACCAAAUGCCAACAAUUGCAUUUUAUGUGUAUCUAAAUAAAAUUAAAAAUUUUUUUUACCUAUUCAUGAAUUGACCAACCCAAUUUUAUCCUUACGUUUUUAGAUUGUUUAUGAUUGAGUGUACACUUUUAAAAAUUUCAGUAAGAUUUUUUUUUCCAUGUUACUUAAUAAAAGAAAUGGCAUAUCAAUAAUGUGAAAAAGUUUUUCGUCAUGAGUAUCAAAUACUCUUGUUGAAAUUUUGUUGGAUCUUCUAAGUGCCCAUGUUGACCUGUGCUGAGCAAACAUGCCACAGGUGUUGUAUUGGCUGUUGGUUUAUUACUUUUACAGACUUUGUAAGUAAUAUGGGGACCAAACCAAAAAAUAGCUGAUUUCAGAGAAAAUGUUGGUUUAUUAAUUUAAAUUAUUUUUAACAAAAAAAAAAAAAUCACAAAAAGUUUAUUAAAUGGCUUUUUUCUUGUCUUAUUUUAAAAAUUGCUAUCUUAAAGAAAAAACAUUUUGCUACUCUGAUUACUUUUAUCUUAGACCCCUUUUAUACCGGUGUUUUAAAGACUGAUGCACAUGUUUUCUAGUUGAGUAAAUGUGUAAAUAUUUUUAAGCUGAAUCAUUUAGCUUCAUAUAUAUAUAAAUAAAUAUACUUGUAUAUAUACUUUUGUACUUGUCCAUGUUUUUUCUAUUGUGCUGGUUGAUGUUGUUUUUUUAUAAUGGUGAUUAUACUUAAAUAAGCAAUUUUAAAAUGUUUUGAACAUAUGCUUUCUUCUUUUAUUAAAAUAGUCACUUUUUAAAAAAGAAUGCUCAUGCUUUUUUUUCAUUUUAGUAGGUAGUAGUUCUUUUUAUAAUUAGCAUUUUAUAAAAAAAAAUUAUAUUUUAAAAAAUGUUAUAAUUUUUUUCAAAAAGUUUUUUUUUUUUUAAAUUGCAUGAACUAUUCAUUAUUAGAACUGUCAAUCACUAUCAUGUAAACACACCUUUAACUUUGCAUGUAUCACACAGACAAAAUAUAAUUAGGUGGCAUGACAUUUUUUUCAUCAUGUUCUGUUAUUUUAUGUUUACAACUGCUACCAUUAAAAUACUUCUUGAAAAUAUGGCAGUGAAUAUACAUUGUUUAUAAACACUCAUUCCUUGCCAAGCUUUUUUUUCUAUUAAUGGUUGUGCUAUGUCUAUGCUAGAAAUUAUUUUUCUGCAGAUUUGUUUUUAUCCAGUUCACAGUAUAAAGAAUAUUGACAUUAAAAGCCCCAGUUUUUUCGCAAUCUCAUAGCUAAAUUAAUUUUCAAAUUAAAAGCACUUCUAGUCCAAAUAGAUAUUUAUUUUUCUUUUAUUAAUAUCCAUCCUGGCCUUAUUCAUACUGUCAUAGCAACGCAUUAUAUAGCUUGUUUGUGUGCAUGUAUUCCGCACUUUGUUGUUAAUUCUGCCUGGCCAUUUCAUAUAUUUAUUUCCUUUUAGGACAAUGUGGGAAGACACUGUCUGUUGAUCUGUUUGGUCCAUUGUUCAUAGUAUACUAUUGAAAUUAAUCAAUAGAUAAGGAAAAUUAUUACUUAAAAGUUUGAAGGUAAACUUUUUCUGAACCAUAACUGGAAUUGUGUGUUUGAUGUCUUUUUUCGUCAUUUACAAAUAAUAUGCAUAGAUUUAUAGAAAAAGUUUACUAAAAAUAUUGUAAUUAAGAUAAAAUGUUGUACUUGCCUUAUUGUCUAUCAUAUACUUAAGCAUGAUUGUUUUUCAGCCAACAUCUUUGGUUGAGUGUAAAUACAUUUAGUUUUCUGUCAUUCAUCGAUUCCUUGACACUACCAAACGAACUGAAACUUGAUAUAAACAAGGCUGGUCAACUGCUAAUUGUGUGCUGCUGUCUCCAGUGUUCAAUGCCAACACUUCCUUCUUAUCAAAUCCAGUAUAGCUGAAAAAAUAAAGACACAUCAUAUAGUAAAAAAAAACAAGUUGUGAAAAAAUAUGUUUAACCCUUGCUUCUUAAUCUAUUGACAUUGGCUUCCUGAAAAUUUUUUAACUGCUCAUUGUUAAUGGGGAUUUUUUUUUUUUUGGAAACUGUUGAGAAAAAGACAACUGUCCAGCUAAAAGCUCUGUUGUCCUACUUGCAUAUAUACAUAUCGACAUUUUUUUGCUUAAUGAAAUCUUUGUUUUCAUAUUCAUCUCAGGGCAUUGUUGUAGUUUUCAGGGCAUCAUCAUAUUAAUAAUCACAUAAAGUGCAAAUGAUCAGAAAUAAUAUUUUAGCUCAUAAAGUAAUCAUAAAGUGCAUUUAAUAAAAUCUGUUGUUUAGUGUAUUGAGCUGAUUCUUUGUGUACAAUUAUUUUCACUAUUAACAUAUACAUCAUAUUCAUAGACAAUCAUUACCUUACAUUAGCAUUAACUGUCACUGAGUUAUUUUUUUUAUCUUGUUAAAGAAAUUUCAUUCAAACUGUCACUUAGAAUUGUCUUAAUAAAAAUUAACUCAGAAAUAGAAUAUUCAUAUUUGUCCAUGUAAAGAAAUAUUCCCCAUUACUGCCGCUGUUCGCUGUUAGAGGAAUACAUUAGCUGUUAAGAUUUCAUUCUUUGAUAAUGCUCUUAAAAUAUCAAGAUAGUUUGAGACAUUAAGAAACAGAUUUGGACUUUCUUUACUUAGUGGACACUUGUAGACUUUGUGUUGUGACCUGAAGUAGUUUCAACCUGCGUUGACUUUGAGUAUAGAAGUUGUUUUUUCUUUUCAUUUUUACCACCUCCUAUAACUGGAGUAUGUAUAUAUUUACAUUUUUUUAAAAAUCGCCUAAGCUGACAGCUAAGAAUGGAUUAGGAGAAAAACUCCAGACAUUGGCUUUGUGUUCUGUACAGAAACAACUGCUUGCUGUCAGUUCUGGGGAUUUCUUAUUUUGGAUAUUUUUGUUGUCUAGUUCUAGAUGAUUUAGUGUUGGAAUAGACCAAACUAGUUCACAUGUAUUAACCAAGAAUGCCCUACUUUACACAAACUAUGUAGGCCCAUGCUUUUGUUGAUCGUGUUUGAUUAUAAAACAAGUAUCACAUUUAUACCUGCAUAUAAUCAAAACAUUUGUAAUCUUUGAGAUUUGAAAGUCUUUAUCUUGAAGAAAACAGGUUUUAUGUGUACUCCAUAUUGUUUGCUAAUGCAUAAAUAUGUAUGUAUAUAUGUGUGUAUAUAUAUAUAUAUAUAUAUAUAUAUAUAUAUAU